GGCUCUCUGUGUCUUUGCUGCAGCGCGAAUUAUUUGAUGUCUGAUGCGAUCUAUGCACUUGUGUUCAAGCACUACUGUAAUACCACAGGAGCACUUAUGCGGUCUGCAAGAGCACCGCCAGCAGCCACGCUGUGCAAUGCAAGGCAAGCGCCAGUCGCCCGCCAGUGCUCCUCCACGCACCCAGUAGUAGCUCUCCGGACACAGUUUGACGUCCUAAGACGACUCCUCCUGCUUGGCGCUGCAAGGGCAAUCAAAACGGGUUUCGAGCCACCUCAAACCAGCCCUGCAAGCCGCUGUAGCAUCGCACUGCUGGCCGUGAGUAGCGCUUGUAGCGGCAUUUAUCUAGCUUUCGCGCCCCCGGCACUUUUCGGAGGACGUAGCAGCAAUUUUGCACCGGAGAGCAACUGCAGCCUGCCAGCAGAGCAUAGCCUGCCAGCAGAGCAUGGCCGCAAUGUCCGAAGCCGGCACGCGGACGAUCAAUGCCUACGCCGCCAAGGCGCCGGGCGCACCCUUGGAGCCGUACACCUUCGAGGCGCCGCCGCUGCCGGCGACGGGCGUCGAGGUCAAGGUCACGCACUGCGGCCUCUGCGGCAGCGACGUGCACCUCUGGCGGGCCGACGGCGACUACAAGGACUUUACCGGCUGGGCGGCGGGCCAGAAGGUGCAGAUCUGCGGCCACGAGGCCGUGGGCGAGGUGACGGCGGUCGGGAGCGCCGUGACCCACCUGAAGGUGGGCCAGCGCUGCGGCGUGGGCUGGCAGUGCGGCUCGUGCCACAGCUGCGAGUACUGUUUAAGAGGAGACGAGCAGCUCUGCCAGGCGGGCAACGGCGUGGACUGCACGUGCGCCGGCGGCAACGCCGGCGCGUUCGCCGACUACUUGCGAAUCAAGGAUGCGGGCUUCGCCUUCGCGCUGCCCGACGCGUUGGACGCGGCGGCGACGGCGCCGCUGCUCUGCGGGGGCCAGACCGUGUGGACGCCGCUGCGCCAGCAGACGAAAGCUGGGGACCGCGUGGGCGUUUUGGGCCUGGGCGGCCUCGGCACCAUGGCCAUCACCUUCGCGUCGAAGCUCGGCUGCGAGGUCACGGCCCUCUCGUCGAGCGAUUCGAAGAAACGGGCCGCUUUGGACCUCGGCGCGACCAAAUUCGUCGCGCACGCCGACGAGGCGCAGAUGGCCGCGGCGGCGUGCUCCCUCGACUUCAUCCUGGUGACGCUCGCGACGCAGCAGAAGGUCGACUUCUUGUGUGGAAAUCAACCAGUGAGUUAGGCUGACAUCGCGUCGAUGGCGUGGGGCGCCGAAUAUUUGAUUCCCACACAGGUGGACUUCACAAAAUUCUUCACGCUGCUGCGGCCGCGCGGCACGAUGUGCUUCGUCGGCAUGUGCCCGCCCAUCUCUGCCGACGUCUUUACCAUGGGCUUCACGAUGCACAACAUCACAACCUCCAAUACGGGCGGGCGCAAGGAAAUGGUCGAGAUGCUGGAGUUCUGCGCGCGGAAUAAGAUCGGCGCCAGGGUCGUCGAGCGGCCCCUCGCAAAGGUCAACGAGGUCCUCGCCGAGCUCGAGUCCUCCAAGGGGGCGCAGCGCUUCGUGCUGACGGCCUAACUUUUUGUCGUUUCGAACUUUGGGAUCCGGCCAGCUCCCCUCGUCUUGGUCCCCUCUUACAAGGCAACAAGCGGCUCGGGAGGAUAUACACAGGCUUAGUCAACAGCACAGGUCAGCACGACGCCGGCGCCGCCCGUCGUUCGGCGGCCCAUAGCGCGACGCCGGCACGGCGCGCGGCU